AUGACGAAGGCAGUAUCUCUCUCAUGCAAACUAUUCUAUGGUGCGACGAUUAUUACAGUCAAUCACAAGCGGGAGAUCAUUCGUGAUGGAUAUAUCCUGAUUGAAGGCGACCAAAUCACCGCCGUUGGAAAGUGCCCAUAUCCCAAUAAUGCCUUGCCUGCUCGCACCAGAGAGAUUGAUUGUCGAGGCAAAAUCAUCAUUCCAGGAUUGAUCAACACUCACGCUCAUCUCGUCCAAUCUGUGCUUCGGGGGUUGGCAGAGGAUCUACCACUGCACAACUGGCUCUGUGAUGCGAUCUGGCCCCUUGAAGCUGUUUUCGAAGGCAAAGAUGGAUUCAAUGCAGCACGGUUGACCAUAGCUGAGAUGCUGAAGACCGGCACAACGUGUUUUCUGGAACCGAUGUUGACCUACCGAGCCGGGUUUGAUCAAGUCUGUUCUGCGGUGGGUAUGAUGGGUAUCAGAGGCUGUCUUGGAAAGCUGGUCAAAUUCACAGAAACGAAUCGUCAGCUCUCCAUCACCGACCCGCGAGACCGAGACCUGCUCGCCAUGUCAAUACCUGAGCUUCUGAAGUCACAUCAAAAACACCAUAACAGCCACGACGGCAGGAUCCACGUCUGGGCAGCAUCAGGGACGCCCCGAGGCACAUCUAUCUCCCAUUAUCGCGAACUUGGCGAAAUAUGUUCUCAUAAUGGAAUCUCGGCCACAAUGCACUGUGCAGAGGCUCCUCGAGAUCGCAUCAUCUAUCGUGACACAUACGGUUGCAGUGCGAUGGAGUUCAUUCGAAAUGCAAAGCUCUGUCCUCAGCUCAAAUGUUCACCGGAGCACAGCACCUUGUCACAUCGCUUAGUCCUAGCUCAUAUGGUGAAUCUUGACAAUGAGGUGGACAUUCCCUUGCUAGCGGAGACUCAGACUUCCGUGGCUCAUAACCCGACUUCCAACUUGAAGCUCGCUUCUGGUGUUGCUCCAGUUCCAUCCAUGUUGUCCAAUCCAGCGCCUGUUAAUGUUUCUCUGGGGACGGAUGGUGCACCCUGCAGCAAUCACUAUGAUAUGUUUCAAGAGAUGCAUCUGGCGGGUAUUCUUCAUAAAGGUGUCAAUCACGACGCGAGUCUUAUUCCAGCGGAAGUGGCCCUGGAAAUGGCCACGAUUAAUGGAGCAAAAGCACUAGGAUUGGAAGACGAGGUUGGAAGUCUCGAGGUGGGUAAAAAGGGUGAUUUUGUGGUGAUCGAUCCGUAUGGACAGGGUGGACUUGGGGCUGCGCCUUGGAGUGACGACUAUUCGAGCUACGCAGUCAAUCCUGUCACCACGGUUGUUCAUGGAUGUACCGGUCGUGAUGUCGACAUGACGGUGGUGAACGGAGAGAUCUUGGUGGAAGAUGGGAAGUUGGCAAUCGGAGGACGAGACAAAGAAAUGGAGAUUGUUCGCUUGGCUCAGAAAUCUGUUAAGGGUCUAUUGGAGCGGUGCAAUCUUGGCCGCGAGGAUGAUGCCAAAGUGGGAGCGAAGCUUAUGCAGCCGUGG